AUGUCGAGCCCCCGUGUUGUCGCCAUGCGGCAGCUGCUGCUUCUGGCGGUGCAAAGCGCUCUGGGCAGCGAGCUCCCAGCCCUGAAGAUGUCCACAUUCGAUGCAGAAAUCAUGGACAUCCUUUGGCUUGGGCCGUACCGCAAGAAGGUCUUGUUGAACACUAAGCAAGGCACCGUCUACCAGAGCCUCGAAGACGGCCGUGACUGGGAGAAGACAUCGGUGAGCUCAAUGUCCAAGGUGGCAAGACUCAUCAUGAGCUCUGCAGAUCCCUCCACUGUUGUGGCCGUGGGAUUCCGGCUAGAGGUUUUUGCGAGCGUGGAUGCUGGAGCAAGCUGGCAAGAGGUCGCACAUCCCCCUGGAAUCCGACUGUCCUUCAUGUUCCACCCGACGCGAGCCUCCUGGGCUCUGCUGUCAGUCUGGACGGAAGACUGCAAGCUGAAAAAUCCCGGAGCUCCUUGUACUCACAAGCUGCUGGUCACCGAGGACCUUGGCAAGCGUGCGCUUAAACCGGUCUCCGAACACGUGGUGCAGUUCAGCUGGGGCAGAAAAGUACACGCGGACCGCAUAUUUUACACCCACAUCAGGGACAAGAGCAAGAGGCAGAACGUCUUGAGCAAGUGGAUGCAGGGGGUGGACUUUGUCUCCAGCGACGAUCUUGGUCAUAGCAAAACUACGUUGGUCCAGGGUGGGAACAAGUUCGUGAUCUCCGAGCAGUACAUCUUAGUAGCGCAGGUCAAGGAUGUAACUGCGCAGACCGUGAACCUCAAGGUUAGCACCGAUGGUUCGACCUUCCAGCAGGCCGCGCUGCCUACAGAGUUGGAGGAGAAGUCCUACACGGUGCUCGAUGCAUCCGAGGGGAUGGUCGUGCUGCACGUGAACCACGGGAACGGCCUUGGAAACAUCUACGUUUCGGACGUCACCGCACACAAGAUAGAGCCACGUGAAUUUAGCGGCAGACCUCUUGAGACACUGGAGUUCAGGGACUACGGAGAUGAGUUGGGCACCGGCUACGUCUUGUCCUUGGAGCACAAUGUGGGGCUGCAAGGCCAUGCAGCCUUCGAAAAGGUCACGAACUUGAACGGCAUCUACUUUGCCAACGUCUGGGCGGCCACAGAGAAGUCUGCAGGCAACAUCGACCCGAAAGCCUCGCACGAAUGGCUCGAUCACGCUGACUACCAGCUCGGUGACGACUCGACACAGGCCCAGGCGGAGCGUUCCAUUCGCUACUUGAAGGCGCGCUCCAGUGAAGCGACUGCACGGCAGCUGCACCGCCGGCUGGCCUCCAACAGCUCCAUGUCCAUCCGGAGUCGGAUCUCCUUCGACGCCGGCGGGGACUGGCUACCUCUGCGUCCUCCCAGCAGGGACUCUUCGGGAGGCAACAUCUCCUGUCAGCCAGGGCUCUGCGCCCUUCACCUCCAUGAUGCGACCUUCCAAGACAAGUUCGUCCCCUUCUAUUCCUACGACAAGGCAGUUGGAAUCAUCAUGGGCGUGGGGAACGUUGGGCCGCAGCUCAGCUUCGAGCCCCAGGAUGCCAACACUUACCUGUCGAGGGAUGGUGGGUACCUCUGGCAGGAGGUGAAGAAGGGAGUUCACAUCUAUGAGUUCGGGAAUCAUGGGGCUGUGUUGGUCAUGGCUGACAUUCUGGCCGAGACGGAUGAAAUCAUCUACUCUCUGGACGAGGGCAAUUCAUGGAAGACGAUCCAUCUGAGCAGCAAGAUGAACGUGACCAAUAUCCUGAUCGAGCCACGUGCGAUCUCCACGAAAUUCCUUGCUUAUGGGACCGUGGGAGGUGCUGGUGUCGUGCAAUUCCUGGACUUUGACGCGAUGGGAUGGUUGCCAUGCAAGAACCCCGAAAACCCUGGCAGCCAGUCGGACUACGAAGUGUGGUCGCCUGAGUUUGGCGGUAUCUGCCUUAUGGGAAUGAAGAAAACGUACGUGCGACGCAAGCCCCUCUCCGAGUGCUUCAAUCGCCGGGAAAUCAAGCUGCCGAUGAUUUCGGUGCCAUGCCCUUGCAAUCGAGAUGAUUUCGAAUGCAAUGUGGGUUUCCAGCUGGCCCUGGACUCCAGAAACUGCGUCAAAUCUUCGCUGCCACUGGUGGGCUCCGUGGGCCCAGCAGAAGAGACAGAAGCAGCAGAGUGCAGGUUUAGAGACACCUAUUCCAUGGAGAUGUAUCGACGGAUACCUGGCAAUAGCUGUGUUGGCGGCUUCGUUCCGCCAAGGUUCGAGGCGAAGUGUCCGCAGGAGAGCAACGAGACAGCCGGUGCCGGUGCCGGCUGGUCCUUGACGAGGCUGGUGCUGCUGGUCCUGGCAGUGGGCGUCUUGGUCUAUGUGGCAAGGUCCGAGCGAUUCCAAGAUUGUUGGGAGACCUUGGCAAGCAGAGCCCGGAAUGUGGAUUUCAAGCCAGUCGGCACUACGGAGCUUCCCGGCAUUCCUCGCUACCGUGCCGAGUUUGCCGACGUGAUCCAACGUCCGCACUCGCCGAGUGCGGAAGCGCUGAGCACUUCCUCUGAGCUGAGCCCUGCAGAGCACGGUGUGCGCGUCCACGAUUUGAUGAGCUCCGGAGAUCGAGACACUUUCUGCACUGAGGUGCUGGUGCAGAUGACCGACAUGGAGGCAUGCAGCUUGGGCAACGGCGGCGCCGGGGAGGUGACGAUCGCUGGGCGUGGUCUCCGGGACUUUGCCAAGGCAGCAGAUGCCAUUGCCAAGGACCUUGCUCACAUGGGCUUGCUGGACGGGUCUGCCCUUCUUGAGCUUCACUUUGGUGACCAAGGUGGAUCCGUCCUGUGCUGCAUGGCCGCAGGUUGUGACGGAACCGCCAGGCCGUUGCAGGACUUCUCUGCGGUGUUCAUGGUCUCCACACGGGAGUCCUCCACGUCAGCAGGAGUGGCUCCUGGCACGGCUGCAGCCGCCCCGGGAGCAUCUACGGCCGCUGAGCCGGCGGCGACGGCGGCGGCUUCGGCGCGGCGUGCACAGCGCCAGGGCCCUGCCAAGCGCCGUGCACUGGAAGCGACGCCUUCGGACUUCGGCGCCUUCCCGGAGCCGAACAGCCAGGCUCCACGGUCGGAGGCCGCCGCCGCCCACGAGCCGCCGACGCAGAAGCUCCCCUACCCUACACAGGUCACGUCCAGCGAGUCUGUAAGGGAUGCUGCCCGACCCUUGUUGCAGCUUUUCACGCAGCAGCAGAGGAGCGAGCUACUCGCCUCGCAGGCAUGGCACGCACCGAAGUCUCCGAAGGCAGAGGUGGCAGCGACUUGCCCGUCCACGCCGGCCUCACGUGAGCCGCAAAAGCAGACGGAGCAUGCAGCCGAGGCCGCCCCAGUCCCACCAACUCCGAAUGCCAGAAACCACCAGGUGCCAAGCUCGGGACCCUGGUGGCCAGGUGGUGUGCUGCCACGACCACAGCCGAAGCCGGUGGUGCCAAAGACGCAGCCGACGUUGGCAACCAACCUCCAAGCACGAGACAGCGACAGUGACGAUGAGCUCAUCGGUGCGGAUCCAGACGAGGUCGCCCUGGCUCGCGGAGACUUGGAGGAAUCCGUCGACUGGUUCGACUGCGAACGCCUCUGGUGA